AAAACACCAGGCGCCCCGCAGCGACGAUGGCAACUACAUAUGGCUACUCUAUUAGUGCUAAAAGCACACACAACAGUUGGCGCGACAGGUUGGCCUUUUUCGCCUGUUGUACUCGGUGGUUUUUGGCCUUGGGGAUCCCACAUCCGAUUUGCACAUGCGCGUAGAAGAACCCGUAGGAGUCCUUUUGCACCGCAAGUGGCUGGGCCCUGUGUUGGACCACUCCAUGUUCAUGCCCCCAUUUCAAUGUUCUGCUCAGGGAGCUUCACCGCUUCUGAGCCCACUGGGUGAUCCAACGGCCUGAGCCAAGUGCAACCAAGAGGCUUCACCGCGCUGGGCCAGAAAUUCUGUGAGUCAGAUGAUCAUUCGACCUCCUCGGAUGGAGGUCGUUUUCGGUCGAAAGGCCAGGACCGCCGUCAUGGGGGCGGCGCUCCGGUUCGCUGAAGUCCUGGGGUCGGAGAGGGCCGUUUUUGGGCCUUGGCUCGGCCGGAGUAGCUUGCAAGGGGAGACCUGACUGGCCAGGAAAUGACGGAAUGGAUCCUAAGCAAUCCUUUCGGUACCCUAUAAAAGAUGUCAGGACCCAGUCAGCAUUUCCUGCUCUUCUUCAGCAUCAAGUCAAGUCUGCCGCCAUCCCACGGUGCACCUCGGCUCAAGAUCGGCGCUUGCCCGGUCCGAGAAGCAGGCCUUCAGUGAGGAUGGCAGCUGGCGGAUGAGCCGAAUCUUCCGUCCAGCGGCCGGAAUCGCAUGGUCCAUAUGCCUUGUUCUUGUGGCUUCAGAGCGCAUCGAUGAGGCUCGCCUCGAUCUGGAGGCGCCCAGCCGCCCCCACCAUGGCCGCCACGAGCACCAGCACCGCUCUCCGCGGCGUCACCGUGCGCCGGAGAUCCGUGUGGUGGACUUCGAGCGUGCCUCCUCGGCCUUGCAGUCGGAGGCCCGGACGGAGGUGCACAUGAUGCCCGGCAUGGAUGGCAUGGGGCAAAUGAUGAAGAUCUUGGCUCUUUGUGCCGUGGUGGGCAUUGCCUACAAGAUGAUCAGCUCCAUGUGCGCCUCGCGCAAGUGCGACUGCCGCAGGUUCAAGAUCAUUGCCCAGUGCCUCCUCGCCUGGGGCUGGGACGAGUUCGAGUCCUUUGAGGUGCUCAUGAGCGUCCACAGUGUUCAGGAUGUCCAGAAUGAGGGCAUGUUUGGAAAGAAGGAGUUCAAGGUCAAGGCGAGCUUCAAUUGGAGUUCGGCCGAGACCAGUGGCACCAGCGACAUGCGCUGGGAACAGACCAAGAAGCUGGAGGUGCCUCAAGGCGCGGCGGAGGGCGUGAUCAGCUUGUGGUCCUUGGGGACCAUCAAGGACUCCAAGGUGGCGUCCUACUCACUCGACACCAAGAAGGACAUGCUGGACAAGGCCGAGUCCUUCUUCGGGCGAAAGCAAAAGUUCAAGCUCCAGCACAAGGGCAAGACGGUGGGCACGUUGCUGAUCACUUUCAGGAAGCGUGGCAAGGGAGAGAACGACCUUGGUGAUUGUCCCAUUGAUGGUAUUGAUGAGGACUCCCCCCUGCUCAUCGAUGUGGCGAACGCCAUACAGGAGAUGGUGAGGAAGAAAGAACUGCAGCCCCUGCAGAAGGGAGAGAAGCUUGACGGGGAGAAGAAGAUCGCAGUCCUUGCCAAGACCUUGCAGGGCGAUCUGCGGGAGAUUGAUGCAGAGGGGAAAGAGAAGGGGAAGGUCUACGUGCGCGUGGUGAACUGCAACUUUGCGGAGCUCAAGGGCGAGGACAUGAAGGAGGAGUGGGCGAAGCAAUGUGAAAAGGCACGGAAGAAAGGUCUGAAACAACCGCAGCGCAAGUGGUACUUCUGCUGGUAUGGCAGCAAGAACGAAGCGCUGGACGCGGAGAAGUGGCACUUCCCCGAUGGCUUCUUUCCCCUGGCCACCAUGACGGCGGUGCACCGCUCCCCCGAGCGCCAGGACCAAUUUCUGGUGAAGUACUCUGCGGGGUCGAAGGAGACGUUGAUCUACCGCCGAGAGCAAGGGAAAGCCCUGGAUGCCUGGGUUGAAGGCUUGGACAUGGCCAAUCAAGAGAUCCGAGAGAACAUGAAGGAGGAGAAGGAGGCUGAAGAGAUGGAAGAGAAGGAAAAGGCCAAAGCGCGGAUGAUGCAUGGCCAGUGGAUGCAGAGGAAUGGCAUGCCCCAAAACGAAGAACAGUGGACUGCAUGGUUUCAAUGGAUGAAGAGCGGGAAUCUGGAAGAUGAGAGCAUUCGCAACUUCUACCAGGAGUUGAUGACGCAGCCAGCGCAGCCUCGCCGCGGGUGAGCGCGAA